GCAGUCUGCUCCUCUACACCGGUGUGCUGGAGCUACAGCGCAGUGCUUUGCAUGCUACAGCCUUCAGAACCAUAAAGAGGCUCUUGCGCUUUCCUGUCAUUUCACACUGAAAGCGCAGCAAGUUGCCCCUUAUUUUCUUGUAGGUUUCGACUUUCCUCGGGACGACGGAGCCGAGCUUAUUCCAGUGUGAGCUGUUGGCGGGUCUAUGGAUGGUCGUUUUGGUAAGCUGUGUAUGGCAGAUGCAGGCGGCCCCUCAGUGUAAUGUGCAAUGGCUCCAGCGCUGAGUGCUUUGUGGGGGUCAGGGGUCAAAGGGGCAGAGGUCAAAGGGGCAGCAGUGCUGGCGAAUGGAGAGCUGGCUUUGGUCGGCACUCUUACAGCAGUCUCCGCCUUCCUCAUCCUCACCUUGCUGCUGCUGUUGCUUUGUGCGAGCUGCCAAGGGCAGAAGAAAGCCAGCCAGCUCCCUGGAGACCAUGAGAACCUGAUGAAUGGGGUAUCAGAAAAGGAGACAUGUAGCCAGUCAGCAGAUACAGGUAGCCAUGGCACUGACCUGGUGGCCAGUAGCUCGCACAAUGGACCUCUUACAAGUGGUACAGUGCUCACAGACACCAUGGACACAAGCCCACACCCUUCAGAAGAGAUGUUGUCCAGCCAGUCUGAACUGCGCUCCUCUAAGUGUCCUCAGGACCGUGAGUUACCCAGCAUCCCGCCUAGUGGCCCCCUACAGGACAACCCUGAAGCAUCCAAUGAUGGCACGUAUGAGAUGGUGAAGGACGGAGCACCACGGGAUGUCAGCGUGGAGGACUCGCUGUACGAGACGGUCAAAGAGCUGAAGGACGUGGGCCUUCCCAAUGGUACGCUGAGCCCUGAGGAGCCCCCAGCAGCUCUCCUGAACGGCCACCUCAGCCCCAGUCCUGGCACACCUGACCGUGGCUCGCUGCCCAAUGGUGUGGAGUAUGCCUCCAUUGACCUCAACAAGAAGAGCCGCUACAGCGCAGACAUAGAGGCCCGCCGCUCGGCCGCCAGUGUGACCCCGGCAGAACCAGAGGAGGAAGAGAAACCCCCGCCCAUACCGGACAAAGUACUGGACGAGAAUGACAACCAGCAGAUCAACGGACUGCAGAAUGGACAGCUGCACUCUCCAUUGUCAAGUACUCCUGAACCACUGAACGGUGUAACUCCUGCUGGGGAGUUACUGGCCGUAUACUCCACAGUAGUAAAGCCAGCGGUGGAGGAGAAGGAAAACGACUACAGCUGCAUUGCAGAAAUCAAGGGACUGAUGCCAGAGUCAACAUCCAGCGACCUGUACGCAACAGUGAGGGAUGUGUACCCAUCACCCCCUGGAGAACAACCCCAAGAGGAGCCCACAGAGAAUGUAGACCCCGGGUACGAGACCAUCAAGAUCCCAAAAACUGCAGAAGAGAGCCAGCAGGGGGACGGACAGGUGGAGCCUGACUACGAGAGCGUUGGAGAGCUGGGCCUAAACGAGACAUCUCGGCUCUGACUGAGUCACAUAGGCCUACAAACUCAAACAGCACUGCAUCAGCAGCUCAUCUGAUUGAUAUUUAAGAGUGGCAUUGUGGUUCAUACCAGUUCAAUUUGGCACUUAUGUACUCCGCAUGAAUGCACACCGCUGACGUGGUGCCACAUUUGUGUUCAUUGUGAUGCAGAAAAAAACUGAUGCAUUGAAUUUACUUGAUUCCCUUCUGUUACGUUUCCACAUGAAUGCAGUAUAGUUCGUCAUAACAGUUUAGUCUUUCAGUUAACAUGUUUUAGGGGUAAUUGUGUUGACGUAAAAUAUUCUAUACUUGUGGAAAUGAUGCAUAGCUUUGAAUCAGGUAAAUUCAGUGCAUCACUUUUUUUCUUUGUCUAAUCAGAUGCAAUUUAGCCUAAAAUUUCAUUUAAUUUAGUAAAACAUCCUCCAGAUGUGUUGUGGCACUAAAAUGUGCUUGUAAAUGACAGAUCCUCUAUUCUAAUUUGUGUGGUUAUCAUUUGUUGGAGAUGCAGAUACUUAUGUGAAAUGAAGUUUUUUCGUGCCACAUUAACCUUGAAGAAUAAUAGGAUAUGAUGUUCAUGUGAAUGUUUGGGUACCACAAAUGGACGUGUAAUCACUGUGCUGUAGUAAUGAUGUUUUAUUCAUGCAGUGUGUACUAGUAAGUGCGCUCUCUGCUGGAGGUGGGCUUUGCUGGGAACUGUGUUGUCCCACUGAGUGAGGUGCAGGGCCAUGGUGUCCUCAGCUCACCCAGGCAAAAAAUACCUCUGCUUCACUCAUUCACAGCUUCAGAAUCAAAGAGAUCAAGCGGCAUGUAUAUUGCACAGCACAUAUCAGAAAAAAAGCUAAACUGAACUUUUUAUGGUUAUGCCAGUUGCAGUCACAAUCAGUGUUUCCAUGGAGUUCAUGGUGAAAGGGGUUAAUGUAAUGUGCAGAUGAAAUCACCUCUUACGGUACGUACAGUCCAACUAUACUUCUUUAUCAGGCUGAUAAUCAUGGUAAAACCAUAUCUAUUGCUGAUGUGCUGUAAACUUCUGUAAAGCCUUCAUAAAUUAUUUGUGAUGUUGAGUAUUUUUAAUUUCCGCUAAAAAUACCUGUUUAACGGUGUCAAAAUGAAUUAGCAGAAGGAUGUUUAUUAAUGCAGCUGUAUUGAUGAAAGCGUAUCAAAUACAUUAUUUUGAGACAUUUUUGUUUCCUAUAGUAGGUACACAGUCAAAAAGUAGUAAAGCACAACAGAAAAUACAUGGUACUGCCACAUAGCGCUUGCCUGGCAACUAUUCCUUUCAGUGCACAAUUCAAUAUGAAGCUCUUUUUUUCUCUUAAUAAGCAGCUUAAUCCAAAAAGGAUGCCACACAGACACUGCAUGUGAGUUACAUGCCAAGAGAAACCUGUAAAUACUUGCAACUUUAUUGGUCAGUUUAACAUACAGUACGAUUUUACAUAUUUUAAUAAACUACCCUCCCUUAAUGAAGGUUUUAGCGUGUUUUAUAGUUUGUUGUCUGGUGGCUUAUAAAGCACAGAAACUUGUGAAGGUCUUUUGGAUGCGCUGUGGAUGUCGAAAGGGAAUUCUGCCAAUUUUGUCUUCAUAUAAAAAAAGACAAUGACUACAGCCGCCACUUGGCUGUUACUCUUUGAGAGGUCACUCUGUUUGAAGUGUGGUUUACAGAUAUGGCAGAUUAGCUCGAGUCCCUUUGGUGAAAAUGCAAUGCUGUCUGCGUGUUUGUUUUGCGAUAAUGGUACAUUUUCUUGGUACAAGCUCUGUAUUGUGAGGGUACUUCAGUUAUUUAAUAUUGCAGCACUCCAAUGGUAUACUUUGCUUUUAUUUCAGAGUGAAUCCAGUGUAUUUUAUUUGUAAAUAAGUAUGAUUGUAUUUGUUUAUUUCAUAAUAUUUUUAAAGUAUCACUUGCCAAUUAAAUACUGCAGUCAUACUGGACCAGUAAAA